AUGAAGCACUACGAUCAAAUGGACUCCUUCGUUCUGGCUGAAACAUUCAAAUAUCUAUACCUACUUUUCACUGAGCCUUCUGACCUUCCAAUUAACUUGGAUAACUUCGUAUUGUCAACAGAAGCUCACCUGCUGCCAAUUGGUCUUGGAGUGUCGACCAAUUGGCAUAGUCAACCUAGUAAAACUUCCGCCCACUCAACCGUAUCUUCUUCGACAUCCUCUUAUUCCUUAAUGUCUCAUCACGACAACGCUCAGUCAGGGCAGAACUUGUUAGGACAAAAUGACCCUGGGUCUUUACAUGACUCAAUCCCACCUUGUUCUUCUGGCCACAAAUUCGCUUCUGCAUCUAUUCUACCAUUUUAUCAGUCCGAUGUCCAUGGUGAUCGUGACCUAGUCGAGGAGACGCGGCUGCAUCACCAGGCCCGAUGUUCCAAUCUUUUGCACACAUUAUUUGAUACGGGGUCUAAUAGUUUUGCGUCAAAAGAGCCAGUCUCUGACCUAUUGCCGGGCGAAAAGUGCAGUGGAUCUUCAACCCAUGAUUUACCCCCGGAAAGAUUGACUUCUAACUCAGAUUCGGAUAAAAGCAGUCAUGUGCUUAUUUCCUUUACUGGCCAAAAAAGCACUGCCUCUACCUUGCUUUCACACAUCCCGGAACAGUCAAUAGCUAACGACAGCAUCAGAAGCAAUGAAUUGCACGAGCGAAGUGGUGUAAUUAGUCAAAAACAAGUCGAAUUCGGAUGUCGGGUGCACGAUGGCCCUGGGCAUCAUCGUGGCCGAGCUUGGAUACAAUCCCUUAUUAAAUCGUCGCUAUGUUCAGCACGUGGAUGUCGUGCCCGCUUCAGACCUAUCGUCCAAAACGGAUCGGAGAUGCUAAGUGAGUUAACAUUAAAAAGCUUAAAUAUUUACUGCUAG